AUGGAUGUGUUCUCCGCACCUUACGACACGAAUGCGGCAGGAGUCUUCUGGGACUUUGACGAGUGUGAGAUCCCUGAGGAACUCAAUGCCCCUGAGGUGUUACAGAGGAUGAAACAGAGUCUGUGGGAUAAAGGUCAUCGUGGUCCUGUCUCGUUCAGGGCUUAUGGAGAGAAACGUGAGAAGAUGACGAAAAUGUUGGUGGACAUAGUUGCAUGGUCAGGUGAGAAUGCAGAACCAUCGGUGGGGAUACUAGUGUUGGGAGACUUGGGAGCCACAGAUGAUGCUGACUUCGCUGAGGUUGUUGAACUUCUCCAGACUCAGAAAAAUUAUCAGUUUGUGAUUGUGUCUCCACGAUCUCCUCCACCCCCACCUCCUCCAACGAUGGUCAUGAUUCUCCCCGCUAUUCCUCGUGGUGGACUCUAG